AUGGGCGGUGUCACCGACAACGACGUCGGAUCCGUAAUCUCCCCAGACGACCAGCUCCAGAAUGGUCUAAAUGACUACAUUAUCUCUCCUCAAGAGGAGCGACGGAACUUCUCUAUGCUGGAGACAGCGUCAGCAUCACACAGUGACAAUGGAGGCAAGUACGACACUGCGGUGCUGCCGUAUCGCCCCAGUUCCGAGUCCGACACAAGCUCCGUGAAUUUCACCGACUCAUUGAUGGUCGUGGGCAAGCAACUCCCAUCGGGAAGAGCUGUGGCCGCUCUAGAUCUCUUCGCACGCGAGAACAUUGGACUACUCAUCAACUACAUCGCUGUCGGUGCAGUACACGGACUCUUCCAAGCCUUGAUGUAUCCGUAUUUGAACGCAUACCUCAAUAUGGACGACUACUUGGCCUACUCUGCAGAGCGAUGGCUUGCUGUACCUUGGCUGCUUAAAGUCUUCUUCGCAAUGCUGUCGGAUGGAGUUCCAGUCAAAGGUUCUCGUCGACGAGCGUACAUGCUGAUCGGAUGGAUUAUUUGCUUCUUCUUUUCCUUCAUUAUGAGUGUAUUGCCAUCCGAGACGCCAUAUUUAACGGAUGAAGUGGUGACCAAUAGAGCUGCUGCCGAAGCUGGCAACAAAUACGUAGCCAUGUUCGUGAUCGCUACAUUCGGCUACGUCUUGGCGGACACAGCGAGUGAUGGAAUGUUGGUGGAAUUUGCACAACUACAUCAGGCAAGUGAGCAACAACAGAUGCAACUGCACCACCAACAACGAGAACUUCAGGGUGAGAUCAACCCGAUGCCAAUGCCUCCACCACGAGCUUCAGGACCGACUUACGUUGUCACGACACUUUUUGCAGCACGCUAUCUCGCACAGUCUUUCACGAUGUUGUUGGUAGCAUUCAUGUGUAAUAGUGAUUCCUACGGAGGUACAUUCGGAUGGGGAGCUUCGGUCAACAGUAUGAUGAUAAUUGUUGUCCUCGUAUCGGCCGGGACAGUUGCUUCAACGUGGUUUUUGCUGUUAGAAGAUGAAAACCCCGCGGGUUACAACGUUCACAUGUUAACAUUGCGCGAGUGGAAAGCGACUGCGUACAAGUUGUUCCAUCAACGCGCGAUCGUGCAGUUGAUGACGUAUAUGUUCCUCUCGCGUCUGUGCUUCACGUACUAUGCUACAUCUGCCAAGGCAGUGUACGCAUACUGGUCUCCAGCAGGGACGUUACUGACCAACAUUUUUUCGAGCUUGAAUGCUGCGGUGUUUGCUAUAGCAGCACUACUAAUUGGACGUGGACCUACGAUGCGGAUCUUAAAGAAACUGGGCUGGCGUCAGACUGUAGCUGGCUCAGUGGUGAGCACUGCUGGACUCGUCCUCGUAGUGGCUUUAUUCACGGUAUUCAACUUGGUACGCGUCGGUGGGUUGACGCUGUUUGUCGAGCAGAUCAUUGCAAUGCUCGAAGCGCUCGCGUAUUUCGUGGCUCUUCUCGCUGCUGUGGCAGUCGCGGAGCCUGGACUGGAGUGUACGUCGUUCAGUUUGAUAAUUACGAUGGGGAAUCUCGCUGUUCCGUUCGCUAUCUCGCUGUCUCAAGCUAUCGGAGAACACUUCGACGUCUACGACUCCGAGUACGAAGCGGAUUCAAGUCACGCACGAGCUCAGGCCAUGUAUUGUUUCCUCGUUGCGGUAGUCAUUCGAGCUUUCCACCUUACUCUACUGCCUUUACUUCCCGAUUGUGCUGAAGCUGCACGUGCCUUGAAGCUCUCUCGCUUCACAGGAAGAAAAGGCUCGGUGAUCGUGAUGGCGGCUAGUGUAUGUACAGCGUUCCUGGUUUUCUGGGCACUACUCACGACGACACUUUCGUCGUUUGAACGCACUUCUUGCCUUGAUGUAGCUGGCGGAGAAGGCUGCUAG